UGCAGCGUCCGCCCGGGCAGGGCCAUCCGUGCGCUGGCACCGCUCGCGUCCCCACACGGGCAACCCAGGAGGGCUCCGGGCCCGGCGGCUCUUUAACCCUUGCCCUGCCGCGCCCCGCGCCGGGCAGCUCCGGGGAGGGCCGCGGCGGCGGCGGCGGGGCCCGAGGCGGGGAGGGGGGGCAGAGCGAGCCGCUCCCUCCCGGCCCGGCCCAGGCGGCAGGAGGAGCAGGGCGCGGAGCGCAGACAUGGCGGCCAACAUGUACCGAGUGGGAGAUUAUGUUUAUUUUGAAAACUCCUCGAGCAAUCCAUAUCUGAUCAGGCGAAUAGAAGAACUUAACAAGGGACCCUUCUUUGUUCACCGUAGAAAUUGUGAAUGAAACAGGAGGAUGAGACAGUGAAUAGUGUAUAAGGAAUAAGACAGAAGGAUGCAGGAGGAGAGAGAUGGUAAAAAUUCUUUUAAGUGUUAGCAGAAUAUUGCCAGUCUCAUGCUAAGGAGCUAAGCCCCAGUAGUAAGAAUCCUGCAAGAUGAUAUCCUCAAAAGAGAAUUGUAAGACUGCUAAUGGCAAUGUGGAAGCAAAAGUUGUGUGCUUUUACAGACGACGAGACAUUUCCAACAGCCUUAUAAUGCUUGCAGAUAAACAUGCUAAAGAAGUUGAAGAAGAGUCUGAAACGACGAAUGAGGCCGAUUUGACUGAUAAACAGAAACAUCAGUUGAAACACAGAGAGCUCUUUCUUUCUCGCCAGUAUGAGUCUCUUCCUGCAACACAUAUCAGGGGAAAAUGCAGUGUUGCACUUCUGAAUGAGACAGAAUCUGUGUUGUCAUAUCUUGAUAAAGAGGAUACUUUUUUUUAUUCGCUGGUAUAUGAUCCAUCACUGAAAACACUUUUAGCAGACAAAGGAGAAAUCAGAGUGGGACCUAGAUAUCAAGCAGAUGUACCAGACAUGCUUGCUGAAGGAGAAUUAGAUGACAGAGAGCAGGCAAAGCUGGAAGUAAAAGUAUGGGAUCCAGAUAGCCCCCUUACUGAUCGUCAGAUUGACCAGUUUUUAGUUGUAGCACGUGCGGUUGGUACAUUUGCUCGAGCUUUGGACUGUAGUAGUUCUGUCAGGCAACCUAGUUUACACAUGAGUGCAGCUGCUGCUUCCCGAGACAUCACACUGUUCCAUGCAAUGGAUACAUUACAUAAGCACAACUAUGAUUUGAGCAGUGCCAUUAGUGUUCUGGUACCACUUGGAGGACCAGUUCUAUGCAGAGAUGAAAUGGAAGAAUGGUCAGCAUCAGAAGCUAGUUUAUUUGAAGAGGCUUUGGAAAAAUAUGGCAAAGACUUCAAUGACAUACGACAAGACUUUCUCCCUUGGAAGUCACUGACUAGCAUCAUUGAAUAUUAUUACAUGUGGAAAACUACUGACAGAUACGUACAACAGAAACGUCUGAAGGCAGCUGAAGCAGAAAGUAAAUUGAAACAAGUGUACAUCCCAACCUACAACAAACCAAAUCCCAAUCAACUAUCCAGCAACAACGGGAAACCAGGUGCAGUGAAUGGAGCUAUGGGAGCAUCUUAUCAGACACAGACCUCAUUAAUAGGCCGGGCUUGUGAAAGUUGCUAUGCCACACAGUCUCAUCAGUGGUAUUCUUGGGGUCCCCCUAACAUGCAGUGUAGGUUGUGUGCAUCUUGCUGGAUUUAUUGGAAGAAAUAUGGUGGCCUAAAAAUGCCAACUCAGACAGAAGAAGAGAAACUAUCUCCCUGUCAAACCACAGAGGAUCCCCGUAUUAGAACUCAUAUGUCACGCCAGGCUACGCAGGGUACGCCAGUCCGUAACACUGGUAGUCCAAAGUCUGCAGUGAAAACGCGCCAAGCUUUUUUCCUUCACACGACGUGUUUGACAAAACUUGCCCGUCAGGUCUGCAAAAAUACGCUCCGGUUGCGGCAGGCAGCAAGACGUCCCUUUGUCCCUAUUAACUGUGCUGCCAUUAGGGCAGAAUAUGCAGACCGACAUUGUGAAAUAGUUGGAAGUCCUCUGAAGAUCAAAAGCACUAGAAAACCACUGUCUUGUAUCAUCGGGUAUUUAGAGAUUCAUCCUGCAAUGAAACCUAAUGUAGUGAGGUCAAUGCCAAGCCUUCAAACCCCAGCUGCGAAACGACUGCUCGCAACCCCUAAUCAUUCAUCCCGAAGUAUUUUGGGGAAAAGAAACUACAGCCAUCACAAUGGACUUGACGAACGUUCAUGCUGUAUUUCAGACUGAGAUGUCCUCUUUCCUUCCUCCCAAUCAAGAGUUGCCUCAGCUCCUGGAGGAACAAAUAUUGAGGUGUACAGCUGAGAAUAAGGACUAUACUAAGCUGUUUCCUGCUGCAUUUGACUAGGACCCAAGUACAGCCAGGUGGGGAGGUGACAUGAGCAGUUGACAAAGCAAGAAAAGGACAAACCUCCAAACAGUCUCCAGUUUUUGAUGACAGUCUAACCUCUCUCUCUCUCUCCUUCCAUAUCAUUGCUUAUUCAGGAGUAAGACUCAGUUGGGGUAUGAAUGGGAAAGAAAUAGUCCUUUCAUUGCUCCCACUUUUUCUGUUGGAAGCUUGCAACUCUGUAUGCCAAGCACAGGAAAAUGUAAACAGUAUCUCUAAUUGGUGAAGUAUUGAGAGACUGGACACUUUCUUCUUCGAGUCUUUCUUGCUUCAUGGAGAAACAGUAGAAGUUGCAUGUAUCUGCUCCAUCCUGACUCAUCAGAUAUGUAAUCAUAUGUGAAAAUAUGUAUACAGGAAAGGUUUUUUCACAGUAUGAUUGAAUUUCUUGUUUAGAAAUGUACUAGUGUAUUCUAUCUGUGGUGCAAUCUCUCUCUGUCUUUUUUGUUUGCAGAUAUCAGAGUCUCAGUUUUGUUUAUCGAUAGGGCUUUCAGACAUUCUCCUGAGAUGGCAUUAUCUCACGUAGAAUGUAUAUCAGGAGCAACCGUUUAAAAUUAUUAUUAAAUUGAAGCUUAAUUUGCUAGUGUGUGUAUUGCUGUUGAUAUGAGUAUUUUAUUGGCUUUGUACAUAACUUAGUAUUGUUCUACUUGAGUUAUUACAAACAUCUUUUUUUUUACCAGUCAGCUGGGCACAUUUGAUAUGUAAAUGAUUAAGACUCA